ACUUUGACAAGAAACCAACCACCCCAUUUAUUACCGUCCUCCUUGCGAAUUCUUUCAUAUAAAUACACCUCAUUAGAAGAAGAAGGUAACCUUAAAGUCGUGUCUUAAAGCAAUGGCCAUCUUCAAGACUCUAGCUGCUGUCCUCCUUGUAGGAAUCGUCUUCAGCCUUGCUGUAUCUGAUAUGGUGAUCAAGAGCUUGGUGGAGAGUGACCCAGCCCCGCAGAUAGACUGUGCUUCGGCUUGUGCUGUGAGGUGCCAAUUGUCGUCAAGGCCAAACCUAUGCCACCGAGCGUGUGGUACCUGCUGUGCUCGUUGCAACUGCGUUCCUCCGGGCACUUCUGGCAACUAUGACGUGUGUCCCUGCUAUGGCAACAUGACAACUCACCAUGGCCAGCACAAGUGCCCUUGAACAGCUUUUGGCCAUCCUGCUGCCGCUUUAAUACCAUGGAGAUUGCAAUUACCUGAAUAAGGAUGCACAAAACAACCACGUUCAUACAAAAAAACAUAAUAAAGAAUUACUAGAACGAGGACGGGAAGAUAAGCAUUGAAUAUAUUUGUGGAUUUAACUUUAUUUAUUUAUUUUUGGUAUAUGGUGUAGCUUUCUGUAAAAAGAAGAGGAAAAGAAAAGAAAAGGGUGGAGAUACUUUUUAUGCAUAGAAAUCAUUUCCACUGCAUGUUUUGAAGGGGAGAGCAUAAUUCAAGAAAAUCCAAUUACAUAGUUUGUAUUUUUCUUGGGCCUGGUUAUAUCUAGUCAGAAAUUUUCCCAGCAAUGAUGGGGGACCAUGUUAAUUUAUGAAUGGGAAUCGGCAUUGUACAA